AUGGAUUUAGCCAAAGUACCUAAUGAUCAAAAAUUAUAUUUAUGUAAAUCAUAUUAUCGAAUUGGAUUUUUUUUCUUACCCUUUGUUUGGUUUGUAAAUGCAAUUUGGUUCUUUCGAGAAGCCUUCCAAAAACCAGAAUACCAAGAACAAAAACAUAUUAAAAAAUAUGUCAUUUAUUCAGCAAUUGGAUCUACAGUUUGGUUUCUAAUACUCAUUGCAUGGGUAAUAACCUUCCAGUUGAAUAGAUUCAAUUGGGGAGAAUAUGCUGAUUACAUAUCCUUUAUUAUACCUGUUGGUUCACCUUAA